UCUUAUUGUGCUGCUGUCACUUUAAGAGAUGAUGUAAUGUGUUAAGUUUGUUUUAGCUCUCCAGCUGAUCAGCCCGAAGAAGCACUGCUCGGUGCGGGAGACUCUCUCGGAGGAUGGAGUUCUUCAUAGGAAACCCCUUUUCUACACCCGUGGGUCAGCUUAUAGAACAUGCCACCAGUUCUUCUCUCCCAUCAGAAGACUGGGGCCUCAACAUGGAGAUCUGCGAUAUAGUCAACGAAACAGAGGAUGGGCCUAAAGAUGCAGUCAGAGCAAUAAAGAAGAGGAUUUUGGGAAAUAGGAAUUUUAAAGAGGUUAUGCUAGCUUUGAGUGUACUGGAGGCCUGUGUUAAGAACUGCGGCCACAAAUUUCACGUCUACAUUUCCACCAGAGACUUUGUGGAAAAUGUUUUAGUCCAGACCCUCCUGCCUAAAAACAAUCCUCCAAUGAUUCUUCAGGACAGAGUGCUGAGCAUGAUACAGGCAUGGUCUGAUGCCUUUCGUAGUUGUCCAGAUCUGACGGGUGUUGUGACCGUGUAUGAGGAUCUCAGGAGGAAAGGCGUGGAGUUUCCCAUGACAGAACUGAAUGGAUAUUCGCCUAUUCACACUCCUGAAAGGAGCAUUGACACCAUGUCUCCGGUAACAGCACAUGCAGAACAGCACUCAGUCAAAGCCACACAGCCACAGAAUACAGAGACUACCCUCACAUUGUCACCUCAACAGAGUAAGCAGUUGAAGGCCGAACUGGAGGUGGUACAAAAUAAUCUUUCGGUGAUGUCAGAUAUGAUGUCACAGAUGGAACCCGGAAGCGUUCAGCAGUCCGACACAGAACUGCUGCAGCAGCUCUACUCCAUGUGCAAAGAUAUGCAAGGCCGAAUGGUGGACCUCAUACCCAGACUGACCGAUGAAAAACUUACAGAGCACUUACUGAUGGUCAAUGAUGAUAUGAACACUACCUUUGCACAAUAUCACAGAUUUGAAAGACAUCUCAACAGACAGAGCAAUGCAGAAUCUAGCCCAGCUUACGCAAACCUCAUUGACUUGGGUGCUGCUUUGGAAUCUCCUAACCAGUCUAAGGCAGCAUAUACUGCUCAUAGUGCAAUUAGCCAAUCAACAGUCAACACACUGUCCAAUCAGAUGGCAGGGUUGAGCACAAAGGAAGAUGACUUCAAAGUUAAUAAAAGCAGCUCGUUGCAAAAAAGUCCAGAAAACUCUUCAGCACUUGGGGGACUGGCUACUACACUAAGAAAGCAACAGGAUAUUGGAGCGGAUGAAACUGUAGACUCCACCUCCCUCAGCAGCUCACCUCAAUUUCUUUGGAUGGUUGAAAAGGGAAUGAUCCCAGUCGAUCAGAGUGAAGUGAUGGAUGAUAUUGAGCAAUGGCUUGACGUGGAUGAUGAAGAUGACUCUGAGGGAGUGACAAGUGAAGAGUUUGACAAGUUUCUUGCAGAAAGAGCAAAAGCAGCUGAUCGUCUUCCGUCAGUAACGACAUCUCCACAUGACCCCAGCCGUUCGCAACCAUAGCUCUGUACUGGAUUUACAUCUCUAGAACAACAAUUAACCUGUUAACAUUGUCCAAUAUUGUAUAUCGCACAUAUUUUCCGUUCACAUCCAUUUGCUUACUUAUCAGUUUGUUUAUAGUAUUUUUGGUUCAUCCCCUAACCAUGUUCUGUCUCUUUAUCAAACUAAUAUUACACUAGUUAUGAUUUUGCACAUGUAUCUUAUGAAAUGUGUUUUAUAACUAGACACUAAUUGCUGUGGUACCGAAAACACUUAAAAUAAUGGAGAAUGGCCCUCAUGGUGAAGAAUGAAGAACUUAUUAUUGAUCUUUAUUAAAGAUCUUGAUUGGUGAGCUUUAAGGGGUAGUUCAACCAAAAAUGUAAAUUCUCUCAUUGUUUACUCACCCUCAUGCCAUCCCAGAUGUGUAUGACUUUCUUUCUUCUGCUGAACAGAAAUGAAGAUUUUUAGAAGAAUAUUUCAGCUCUGUUGGUCCAUACAAUGCAGGUGAAUGGUGGCCAGAAAUGUGAAGCUCCAAAAGCACAUAAAGACAGCAUAAUCCAGUGGUUAAAUCCAUGUCUUCAGUAGUGAUGUGAUAGGUGUGGGUGAAAAACAGAUAAAUAUUGAAGUACUUUACUAUAAAUCUCCACUUUCUGGUUCUUGUUUUGUGUUUGCCGUUUUGCAUUAUUUGUGCAUAUUGCCACAUACAGGGCGGGGAGGAGAAUGUAUAGUAAAAAAGCACUUAAAUAUUGAUGUUUCUCACCCACACUUAUGUUGCUUCUGAAGACAUGGAUUCAACCACUGGAGUCUUAUGGAUUUCUUUUAUGCUGUCUUUAUAUGCUUUUUGGACCUUCAAAGUGCUGGUCACCAUUCACCUGCAUUGUAUGGACCAACAGAUCUGAAAUAUUCUUCUAAACAUCAUCAUUUGUGUUCUGCAGAAGAAGAAAAAAGUUGUUCACAUCUGUGAUGGCAUGAGGGUGAGUAAAUGAGAGAAUUUUCAUUUUUAGGUGCACUAUCCCUUUAAAGCUGUUGUAUUUAUUUACACUAAAUUUAUUACGGUUUUGAAUGAGGUGGUUUAACAGUGAGAAAAGUGUGAAAUGUAAUGUUCUUAGGUUACAUAUUUUUUGCAGGCUACUGACAGGAGUAAUGUUUGUGUUUGUAAUAAUUCUUUAAAACCCCUUAACAAUUCAUUCAAGGGGUUAUGUUACAGUAAAAUAAAGGUUAUUUGGAAGGGGGGGGGGGGGAAGCAUCUCUUAUUAGGGAUACAAUGCACAAAGUAAAUAAGUAAUGUAUUAUGUAAGUUAUUCUAUUAAAAUGUAUUUUCAGCAAAGGCCUAUUGACAGUGUUGAAGACAUGAAGCCCAUUUGCAUGUGUCGCCUUCUAGUGCAAUACUUCAUUAAUGCAACUACACAUGCAUCGACAUGCAUAAAAAUGCUGCAACUAUCAUUUCUUUUAUACCACACUCUACCCACCAUUUAUACACUCUGAAAGGUAAGUGUGCACGAACAGAAGUGCCCUAUGUUUUACUGUGUGCGGUGGGGCAAGUGGCAAACUAUUGGGCUACAUUUUACAGGACACAGAAGUUACUUUUUUUGAGAAACGUCGAGCACUUUAACAUCGACUGCCAACUGAAUAGUUUACAGUAUAACCUCCUUUACAAAUAAUAAUUGAGACGGUGAAAUUAUGGCUCACGUGACAAAUGUAGAUCUAUUUUUAAAAAACGAUUUCCAAUGUUCCAAAUUAAGCCCUAUAUAAAUUCACUAUUUGGGGAAAUCCCACUUAAAAGUACCUUCAAAUUACUUUUUUCAGGAAGUCAAUCAUGUACUGUAGAUACAGCCAGUAAUCUAUUUAUCUGUCAUUACACUCAAGCUUCAGUUAUUACAAAUCUGAUUUUCUUUUCAGGAAAGAGAGAAUUUGAUGACAUAGCCUUCUCCAUGGGUUUUCAAACUGGUCCAGGGACCCACAGGGGGGUGCUAGGGGGUCUGCAAAACAAUUCAGAGAAAAGGUGUAAAAAUGUUGACACAGUUUAAUUCAGAAAUAACUAGUUUAAUCAGGAUUAUUUUAAUGUAUUGACAGACAUAGUAAUAAAUAAUAAGCCAUGUAAUUGCAUAUAUGUUAUGGAAAUAAAAUCUUAUUUGUAAUAAAUAAGGGUUGUAAUUCACUAUUCUCUGUAAAGCUGCUUUAAAACAAUAUUUAUUGUGUACUUUAAAACAUUUCUUUAUAAAGUGCUUUGCACAGUAAAUAUAAAUAUUUAAAAUUAAAUAUUAUUUUUAUUACAACAUUUUUUAGAUUACUCCAGCAUUAGAAAGAUGAUCAACUUAAGAAGUAAAUAUUUUCCAGAUAAUAUUUACAUUUCUUUAGGCUUUAGUUCAAUGACAAUAUCAAAGCCAAUUAUUUAAUUUAGCAAACAAGAAGUCUUUAUAAUAUCAUGUUUACUACUCUUACACAGGGGGUCCUUGGCAUCAAAAAAGUUUAAACCCCCCUGGCCUACUCAAUAGCUCCUAGAACAGCACUGUUUGACAAAGUAAAAAUGCUAAGUUCACUAAAUAGCUCUUUGUGUGUUUUGAGCAGAUGUGUAGCUAUGCUUUAUUUACUUUACAUUGUAUUGUGUGUGAGAUUUACUUGGGUAGUGUGAGAAAGAGCAUGAAAGCGUGUCUCCAGUAUGUGGCUACCUAAUAUUUAAUAAAUUGCUAUCUAAAUUCUGUAGCCCUAAAGAGUAAUUGCUUUAAAAACUAAAUAUCAGCAAACUAACAUAACCCAUGUUUACUCACCUUUGAGGCUGUAUUCAAAGCUCUUAAACAAAAAAGUGAAGAUAUAUAACUUUACAUAACUCAUUGUCAUUGCUGGCCAUUUAAAAGUAAUUGUUCACCCCAAAAAUGAAAAUUCUCUCAUUAUUCACUCACCCCCAUGCCAUCCCAGAUGUGUAUGACUUUCUUUCUUCUGCAGAACACAAAUGAGGAUUUUUAGAAGAAUGUCUCAGCUCUGUAGGUCCAUACAAUACAAGUGAAUGGUGACCAAAACUUUGAAGCUCCAAAAAAUACAUAAAAGCAGCAUAAACGUAAUCCAUACGACUCCAGUGGUUAAAUCUAUGUCUUCUGAAGUGAUAUGAUAAGUGUUGUUGAGAAACCGAUCUAUAUUUAACCCUUAUGUUCUGUUGAGAUUUGCUUCACUUCCUCGUUGUUUGGGAUCACUGUUACCCCAAUGAUUAAAGUGUGAAAAUGAUAAUUAUAAUUAUGAAAUAAACCUUUUUUUCCUGCUUAAAUGUUCC